UCUUUAGUGUAUAUAUAAAUACCAUCUCACCAUCCUUUUCUUAGUCCUCCCUCUCCUCUUUUACCUUCAUCUGAGAGCUCUUCCUCUCUUUUUUAGAAACUUUUAUAGCUUUCUUUGGUUUCUAUUUUGGGAUUAGCCAAAUGGGUGAAGAAGCUAAACAGGAACAAGCCAAGGCAGAAGAUAAUAAGCCUACUGAAGAAAAGAAAGAAGAGAAGGCAGGGGAGGAGAAGAAAGAAGAGAAGGCAGAAGAGCCAAAGCCACCUGAGCCUUUCGUGUUAUUCGUCGACUUGCAUUGUGUGGGAUGUGCAAAGAAGAUUGAGAGAUCCAUCUUGAGGAUAAGAGGUGUUGAAGGAGUCGCGAUUGAUAUGUUGCAAAACCAAGUGACAAUCAAAGGAGUAGUUGAGCCUCAAGCUAUAUGUACAAAGAUAAUGCAGAAAACCAAGAGAAGAGCACAAGUCCUGUCCCCAUUACCUGCUGCUGAGGGUGAACCUAUACCCGAAGUCAUUAAUUCACAGGUUAGUGGAUUGACAACUGUGGAACUCAAUGUGAACAUGCACUGUGAGGCUUGUGCUGAGCAACUCAAGAGAAAGAUACUCAAAAUGAGAGGAGUAAAAACUGCGACGACUGAGCUGAGCACUGGAAAAGUCACAGCGACUGGCACAAUGGAUGCAAACAGGCUGGUCGAUUAUGUUUACAGACGCACCAAAAAGCAAGCCAAAAUAGUUCCCCAGCCUGAGUCCAAAAAGCCUGAAGCAGAAGCAGAAAAGCCCGAAGAGAAAAAAGAAGCAGAAAAGCUGGCUGAAGAACCGAAUCCAAAAGAGAAGAAGGAAGGAGAAGAGGCUGCAGCCGAGAAAAAAGAAGGCGCUGGCGGCGAGAAGCCACCGGAAGAAGAAAAGAAAGAAGGUGGUGAGAACAAAGAAGAGAAAGGUGGCGGUGAGAACAAUAAAGAAGAGCCAAAUAUUAUUACUGAUGAACAAAGCAUGCAGAGAAUGAUGUAUUAUUAUCAGCCCCUUUAUGUCAUUGAGAGAAUCCCACCUCCACAGCUCUUCUCUGAUGAAAACCCUAAUGCUUGUUGCAUUACUUGAUUGAAAAUUCAUGAUCAUCACAAACUUUCAUGAUCAUAUAAUAAUGACUCCCCAAUUGUACUUCUCUGUUCUCUAUGAUAAUACAUAGAAGAAAAAUAUAAUCAUUAUUCUGUA